AUGGCAGUUUCAAGAUCCAUGAGCUCCUUUAUCAAAUACAUCGUUGGAAUUGUCAUGGGAAUUUUCAUUUGCUCUUAUAUCAUUAACAUGGCCAAAUUACAUAUGCAAGGCAACACUCAAAUUAAUCACAAUCGUUACAACUUCCAUUAUUACAGGUUCCGUGGAAAAGGAAUGAUGGAUUAUAGUUCAAAAAUAAAUCACUCAGUAGCAGAUGACUUGCAUGAGAAGGUGCGCAUCCUUUGUUGGGUGAUGACUUCGCCUGUCAACCUGGAAACAAAAGCCAAGCAUGUCAAAGCCACCUGGGGCAAGCGCUGCAACACUCUGCUGUUCAUGAGCUCGGAGAGCAAUCCAGAUUUUCCUGCAAUCGGACUGGAAACCAAAGAGGGCAGAAAACAGCUGUACUUGAAAACCAUUAAAGCCUUCCAUUAUGUGCACCAACACCAUAUCAAUGAGGCUGAUUGGUUUAUGAAGGCUGAUGAUGAUACCUAUGUCAUUGUCGAAAAUCUCAGAUUUCUUCUUUCAAAGUACAACCCCGAUAGGCCCGUGUACAUGGGCAGGCAUUUUAAGAUGUAUAACAAACAGGGCUACAUGAGUGGAGGAUCUGGUUAUGUUUUGAGCAGGGAAGCAUUGAAAAGAUAUGUGGCAGCCUUCAAAAAUGACACCUGUCGUCAUACUUCCCAUAUUGAGGAUGUGGAACUGGGAAAAUGUAUGGAAAUACUUGGAAUUGCUCCUGGAGACUCCAGAGAUAACCACCUAAGAGAAUCAUUUUUGCCCGUUUCACUAGAGAAUCUCCUGAUGAGAGGUCGUUAUAACAAAGACUUCUGGUUCUGGAAGUUCACCAAUUACACAGCUAAAGACGGGCCUGAAUGCUGUUCUGACUUGGCAAUUUCCUUUCACUAUGUAAAGCCCAAGUUCAUGCAUGUUCUGGAGUUUUAUAUUUACCAUCUGCGUGCUGCAGGUUACAAAUACAGAAAAAGUACUCAUUUCCCAGACCCACCCAAGGUGUUAGAACUGUCCAAAGAAGGGAAGAGCAAGUUGAGAAGAUAA